GAUUCACAUUUCUGUUAAUAAAUAAAUAGUUAAAAGUAAAAACAAUGUGUCCGCUUCGGGGAGGAAGUUUCUGAAGCACCAUGACCAACGAUCCCCCUCAUACUCAGAAGAAAUUGGAGAAAAACAACAAGGAAGUGAGCAGAUGGGGAAUCUGAGUUUGUCACAAGGAUAGUGUGCUCCGACAAUUGGCUGGAGAGGAUGCUGCUCUUUGCCACGGCAAAGAACAAUGGGACACGGAGAGCCCCAGUGAUACAAGACCAGGACAGUUGCCGGCUACUCAGAAGACGAGAAAAAAUAUGUGCAUCGUCCCCACCUCUGUCAUUGCAAGAUAGCAGAGGAACAAAUUAACACAUUGUUGAAACUUGGUCAAUACAUUUCAGGACUCAACUGACCAACAUAUUGGGUCUAAACGUGUGGCAACAAAAUGAACUUCCUGUCAACUUUUGUGACAUUUGAGAACCUCCAUGAGGUUCGGAGAUUGUGCCACUGGGGACCGGUCAUAGCCCUGUCCGUCAUUGCUAUAUGCUCCACCAUGGCAAUUGUGGACUCCAUUAUCUGGUACUGGCCCCUAGACACUACAGGAGGAAGCAUUAACUUCAUCAUGCUCCUCAACUGGACGGUCCUCAUCCUCUACAACUACUUCAACGCUAUGUUUGUUGGACCUGGAAACAUCCCUCUUGGAUGGAUACCAGAGAAUCAACUGGAAAGCCAGUACCUACAAUACUGCAGAGUGUGCCAUGGGUACAAGGCCCCCAGAUCCCACCACUGUCGCAAGUGUAACAGGUGUGUGAUGAAGAUGGACCACCACUGCCCUUGGAUCAAUAACUGCUGCGGCCACCUUAACCACGGCUACUUCACCAGCUUCCUGCUGCUGGCUCCUCUGGGCUGCUCGCACGCUGCCUUCAUCUUUAUUAUGACCAUGUACACGCAGCUUUAUGAGAGGAUUUCAUUUGGCUGGAGCACUGUGAAGAUUGACAUGAGUGCCGUUCGGCAGUUUCAGCCCCUCAUGCCCUUCAGCGUUCCUGCCUUUGCUGCCACACUCUUUGCCUUAGGCUUGGCACUGGGUACCACUAUUGCGGUCGGCAUGCUUUUCUUCAUACAGAUAAAAGUCAUCUUUCGAAAUAAGACCUCGAUCGAGUCGUGGAUCGAGGAAAAGGCCAAAGACAGAAUACAGCACUACCAAACAGGGGAGGAGUUCAUCUUCCCCUACGACCUCGGCAGCCGCUGGCUGAACUUCAAGCAAGUGAUCACAUGGACAGGGAUGCCCAAGGGUGACGGUAUUGAAUGGCCAGUCCAUCCCAAGUGUCACCAGCACACCUUAACUAUUGAGCAACUGAAGCAGAAAGCUGAUAAACGAGUGAGAAGUCAGGUCCAGUACCAGGCGGUGGAACACUAUAACGGAGCUUGCUGCCCUCUCAGCAAGGGGAUCCAAACAUUUUUCCGAACCCCGUGCACCGAGGAGCCCAGGAUCCCGCUCAACAAGGGGGACACCAUCCUUGCCACCCGUGGCACCAAAUGGUGGAUGUACGGAGACAAAGUUCUGAAUGAGGAGCAAAUGACAGGGGGGGAGCGUGUAAGGGGAUGGUUCCCAAGGCGAUGUGUGGAGAAGUGCCAUUAUGACACAGCUGCCAGCGAUAGCACCAGCGAAAAGAAAGUAAAUUAAUGUAUUUCAACUGGCUUUAUGUAGAGCAGGGGAGUUCAACUGAACAGAAGGCGUCAAUGUUCAUUAUCAUGCAUCCACUGAAGAUGUCAUGCCUCAUGCUGCAGGCUCACCAUCAAGAAUUGCAUACUUUGAUUUAAAGUUUCGCCCACAUUUCAAGCCCAACUUUAAUUUGUUUUAAAGGUUCAUCGUUCCCUAAAUCUUAACGAGCACUUUGCUGUCAAUUCACGUCUUAAAGAGAAGGACUCGUCCCCCCGGGUUCAGUUUGACUCCUCUGACCAAAAAGUGAAACCCAGCAAGAGUCUUAAUUUUUCAAUAAUUGCCACCAGGCUUUAAUGUGACUUCAUUGUGAUGACUUUUUACUUGAAUAUGUUGUGUUUACUGGUUGAUGUCCUUUUUUGCUAUAUAUGCAAAUGCCUCUGCCCAGCUAACCCCAGGGCUCCGUCAUGCAACUCUUUCUACAGUAUGGAGAUAACACGGAAUUUCUUUUUAUUAUUUUUGUAAAAACGAAAUGUUGGCCUCAAAGUAUAAAUUAAAAAAAAGAAAUCUUG